AAAGAAUAAUAAAAUGACAAAAUAUUUAGGCCUAUAUGUGAGAAUCAUUCGAGUUGACUCGUAUUUGUUUAAUGGUUGGUUAGUUUGGACAGAGUGUUCAAUCAAGAUGUUUUCGAUUCUAGUUAUAUUUACGAUCUUCAGUUGCUCUAUGGCUGAAAACAAUUGCAACGAAUAUAAUGUAGGCUUGGAUGUUAAUAAUCUUAAUCAAGUCAUACCCGACAGCGCAUUUUCAGCAAGUAGCCAGGCGACUUAUGGAUACCGUGCCGCAAGAGGGCGUCUGAAUACAAUAUAUGAGCGUUCCUCUGACAAGAAAGGAGGAUGGAUGGCCACUAAUACCGAUACCAACCCCUGGAUUAAUGUGGACUUACAGGCAGACAUGGAAGUAGCGGGGGUGAUCACACAGGGAAGGCAGUGUGGUAACAACUGGGUUACGGAGUUCAGAGUUGAAUACAAGAAGAGUGACUGCAGCUCUUACCAUACAAUUAAUGAGACCUUUAUUGGGAACACAGACAGAAACACAGAGGUCAGAAACAACUUCCCGACACUGAUAACCGCUCGGAACAUACGUAUUCAUCCCGAAAAGUGGUACGGAAACGCUGCUAGUCUUCGAUUCGAAGUUAUUGGCUGCCGUGAAUAAUGUGCGUAAAAGUAAUUGGUGGCUAGUAAUGAAAAUAAUUCUGUGUACCGGCAAAGGACGGGAGUACGUAUGCAUGCUUAUUAUUAUACGAGUCGUCGAUUAGUUAUAUUAUUAUAAGUCUAAUUCAGCAUUAUUUGUUUACUGUACACCAGUUUCCUGGUGAAGGUGUCACUUUAUGUCCAGAUUGACAACUGUUUUUAAUUGUCCUUAUAAUAUGUUCAUUAAAAUCAAAAUACAGAGUAGUAUUAUUUAUAAAGCCCUGUGAUGACGUCGAACAACCUGAAACAUCAACAUCAGUCUAAUAAUUAUUCAAAAAGGGUUGUUAGUCCAAGCGUAUCUUUAGUAACACAUUAUUCUCUAAUUUACAGACACACUGGUAUGUUGUAAAUGUUUGCGAUAUAAUGCCGGGUACUCACUGCGUCGUGCGACGGUCGUACGACGGUGGCAGUCUGAACGUAUCGCAUACGUAUCGUCAUUAAAAACGAUCCUUUGCGCGCGCGUCGUCGCGUUGCGUUCGUUAUAGAAUCGCGUCGGCCGGCGACCGUCGUAUGCGCAGCGAGUGCCCGAUUUAAUAGUGCUUCACAUUAUUUCUGCUACUUUAACCUGCGUUGUAUUGCUGUGUUCCGGUGAUUGAACGAUUUUAUCUUUCAACAUAACCAACGCCACAAUUUAGAGGUAACUAAUCGAAAGUAAUAUACACUUGUAUAGUGAUAUAUACGCAUUAAUUACAAUAUAUAUAUAUAUAAUUAUAUAUAUAUAUAUAUAUACAGUAUAUGUAUAUGUAUAUAUAUGUAUACACUUGUUAUUCAUUCAGAUAAUUUCUAUUAUUAUAUAGGAAAAUCUAAUAUGAUUAUCAAUGAAACGUAACAAAAAGUGUAAAAAAUGUCAAAUAUAAUAAAGACAGAAUAACCUUAUUUUACAUGAACAAAAGCCCUACUAUAUUUUCUGUAUUUUUGACGGACGGGGUCGACGGGCGGCAGUUUCAUAAACCAUUGGAGGUAAUUUUAAUAAUGGCUAGCCGAAUUGUCAUUUAAUCGCAAAUAGAGAUAGGCCUAUUUUAGUUUUAAAUAGAGAUAUUAUAAAAUUUAACUAAUAGGCCUAUAUCUAUCUUUAUUUAAAACUCAGGUAUCUCUAUUUAAAACUAAGUUAUCUAUAUUAACUUUGUUAAUAGAGAUAUUUUCGUUUUAAAUAGUGAAUUGAGUUUUAAGUAAAGAUAUAUGUUUUAAAUAGAGAUAUCUCUAUUAACAAAUAUCUCUAUUAGCAGAUAUAGGCCUAUCUUUAUUUAAAUUUUAAUAGAGAUCUCCCUAUUUAAAUUAUAUAUUAAAUAGAGAUAUCUCUGUUUGAAACUAGGGCAUCUCCAUUGGCAAUUAAAUGACAACUCUCCUCACAAUAGAUACCGUAAUUAUUGCAUUGAUGAUGAUGAUGAUGAUGAUGAUGAUGAUGAUGAUGAGGAUGGUAAUGAUGAUGUUUGUAAUUAUUAUUAUGAUAAAGACUAUGUUGAUAAUAGUGAUAUGAUAACAAGGCGGUGAUAAUCAGAAGUAGAAAUAAUCUAUUUCAUUUAGCCAGCCAAAUGGCCGAGCGGUUAAGGCAGGGCACCGUGAUCAUAGCCAACAAUAUCGUCACAGGUUCACGGCCGGCUCGCUCCUAGUUAUGGUGGUGGAACAAGUCUUCUCGGAUAAGGACU